ACAAAUAAGAAAAAUCAUCAGUAGCUAAAAUGAUCAGCUUCUUCAGAGCUUUCUUUCUUAUAAUAAUUAUCAGCUUUCUCAUUUUCGUAGGAGCUCAAGCAAGAACUUUACUAGGAAAUUACCAUGAUGAUGAGAUGCUGAUAGAGUUGAAGUUGGAAAGUGGUAAUUAUGGAAGGACACCAUAUAAGACACCUCCACCACCAACAUCAUCUUCACCAACACAUCAAGAAAUAGUUAAUGGAAGACAUGAUAGUGUAUUACCACCUCCUUCUCCCAAGACUGAUCCAAUUAUUGGUCAACUCACAACAAUUACUACUACUCCUCAUCAUGACGACACCGUCGCGGCGCCGCCUGUUGGUGGGAGGCACGAUUAUGUAGCCUCACCACCACCACCAAAGCCACAAGAUGAACAAAGGCAGAUCAUUAUCACAUCCUCUUCUUCUACUUUGCCUCUUCAAGCUUCCUAUUAAGCUAGCAUCGGAACUUUAUAAUAUAAUAUAUGUUCACUACUAAGUGUAGUAUUUUUUAUUUUAUGUUAUUAAAGUAGCUACAUGUAUAAUCUGGUUUUAGUUCACUUGAUGAGUUAAUUAACUCAAGAAUAAUAUGUGUAAUAGACGUAUUGUAAUGGAGUAUUAACAACGUAUGUACGUAGUAAAUGAAUUUGAGGGAGUGAUAUGUGGUUUUUAACUUAUUAAUCAAUAACAUA